CUUGUUCUUCUCUCCAAACACAUCUUUCUUCUAGAUAGCUAGACAAUGGACAGGAUCAAGUGUCAAAAACUACAAACUGGGAUCAAAUUCGAAAAAACCCAGUUUUUGAAGAAGACCCUUCAGCUCCUGAUCUCCAUCUGUGUCUUUUUCUUCUUCCUUUCCUACUCUGCAACGUUUUCUUUCUUAGAACUUUCAUUCAAUUUAUACUUCUCUACGUUUUCUUUCCAACUCUUCGACCAUACUAUUGACAGGAAUUACAUGUUUCUCCUCUGCAAUGGAAUCCUGUUCUUCCUAGCCAUGAACUCUGGUCUGAUCAGUUAUUCUUCAGUAGAGACGGAUAAAAUUCAUGAUGAAUUCCAGCGGAGGAAUAGAGAUGAUCUUCAAAGGGUGAAUGAAAUGCCAGAGAAGAAAGCUUCCGCCUCAGAGGAGGUAGUUGUGUUGGAGAGAAUCCAAACUUCAGAGAAUGCUCUAGGUGGAGGAGGAGGAGGAGGAGGAGGAAAUGGGUGUUUGAUUACAGUGGAAGAUGGAAAUGGGUAUUUGAUUGCAGUGGGAAGAGAGAGUGGUUUCUUAACUGCAGGAGCAGCAGCAACAUCAACAUCAACAUCAACAUCAACAGCAGCAGCAGAAACAGAAGAAGAAGUAGAAGAAGAAGAAAACGAAGAAGGAAAUGGAUGGAUAAGUACGGAGGAAUUGAACAAAAAAUGUGAAGAUUUUAUAAGAAAGAUGAAACAAGGAAUCAGAAGCGAAGCUCAGAGGCAACUGGUUAUGGUUUAAAUUAAGAAUCAGUCUCCAAAAUUUCAGAUUGCAGAUCUCAGACAAUGUUCAGUAUUUU